AUGUCAAAGAUGGCAGAGCAAGUCAAUGGAAACCACUUUGCUUUGCAAAGUAGCCGCGUCACAAUUCUGGUUGGGUCGACUAGCACCCCUUUCCAAGUUCCGCAAGACUUGUUAAGCCAACACUCGCCAAUCCUAGGGGAGAAAUGUCGUUCCAGAAUUGCCAACGGAGCGAUCGAACUGCCAAAUGUCAAAGCCUCUACUUUCGAAGAUUUCUUCAUCUGGCUUCAUGUGUUUGAACCCAGACUAGGGACCAAAUCAUUCGAAGCCGUCCUCGAUUUAGCCAUAUUAGCAGAGACAUACAAUAUUUACCAGCUCAGGAAUCAAACUGCAGACCAUCUUUGGCGGGAGUUUGAUGCUAAGCAGUGGGAAAUUACUCCCGACUUACUCUCAAUGGUGUACAAUUCUGUCCCAUCUGGCUCGGUUCUACGUCAACUUUGGGCUUCUGUUUUUGCAAUCACAAAUAAUUGCGCAACUUCCUCCGAACAGGACAACGACUACUUGAGAUGGAAGCCGGCAUUCACAUUGUUUCCUGGACUUGGAUGGGACUACUUCUUGCAAAUGCAAAAUGUGCAACCGCGACCCGAAUCUCUCACUCCGGGUGGCGCUUGUCGUUUUCACGACCACUCUGAUAUACCUUCUUGGGAACGAAAAUUUACGGUUGAAUGCCCAUAUCCUCACGGGGCACCGGUUAAGCUGCCAGAACAUGAUCUGCCUAUCAAGAACACUACCCAGACGCCAGAGGUCAAGGAGACUAAUGGAGGUGUGGUUUCGGAGGAGGUACUGCCCACGCCAGCGGAAGCCGUACCGGAUUUCGCGCCUGUGCCAAAACAGCCGGCCGCAGUGUCUAAGAAAGGAAAGAAGAAGAAGAACAAGAAAAAUGGAAACCAUGAGGUGGAAAACGGGACCCUGGCGGAUGGGAGUUCUGUGACUUCUGGCUGA